CGUUUGUUUUAGAUUAAUUUAGCUUCCACGUUUUUUUUAAUAUUUACAUAAGUUGACUCACAUCUAUGCAGACAAGUGCAUUCACAUGUGUGCCUGAUCAAUUAUGUAUUGUUUUAACUAGAUACAUAAUUUUGUCUUUAUGCCAACAUAUAUAAUAUGGAAUCCCUACUGUUACUACCACAGAGCUAGAGACGUGAUUUUGGCGAAUGAGAAUCAGAUUAAAUUCACUUUAAACGCAUUGGAAAAUCUUUACGUUAUAGAAAUAUGCAUAUAUCCAAUAUUCUUUGUGUGGAGGAGAUGGAUUCUUACCGGCCGCCUAAGGAAAUCUAUAACCACAUAAUAACAAAAGAACAGCCACACAUAAUAACAAAAGAGCACAAACAUAUUCUCAGUCAUAUUCUCAAUCAAUAGAUUUUUUUACAAUUAGAUCACAUGUUGGAAUAACAUUAUAUAAGUAUUUUCUUUAUGUAGAUGGAUUCGAGAUUUUAUAUAUAUCAAGAUAUGUAGGUAUAUAUAUGUGCACGCAUUAUAAUAUGACUGAGAAUAUGUUUGUGCUCAUCUAAAAAUGGGGAGGCAUGAUUGAUCAUAAGGCAUUAUAAAUUUGGGAGAUGGUCACUUUUCGGAUUUACCAAAUGGGAAUUGAUUUGCCUAGUGAUAAACAGGAAUAUAAAUGGAUAUAUUCUAUAGAAUACAAAUUACAUAUAGUAAAAAUAAUUUAUUCAGAAAACAAUACAUUUCGACUAGAAGAUUUCAAUCUGAAAAAUCUACAAAAUUAUAUAUACCAAAUAUCUACUAUAGGUCAUCGAUUAUUCAAAAUCAGAAUUCACAUUUGUACCCUAAUAUGUCGUACAAUAUAACGAGUAGACUCUAAGGAUCAAUUAGUUCUCGCGAAAAUUGUAGAAAAUACAUUUCUUUUGUAUUUUGAGUGCAAAGUUUUAUAUAGUUUUCACUAAAUAUAGUAUGGAGUAAAGUAAAUCUCUAUAUUUUCUUCUAAAAGUUAAUACUUUUUCUGAACACUGUAACUUAAAGUUAAUACUAAUUUGAUAAAUUUCAUGUUUUUGUGGAAACAAGUUUGGUCUUUAAUUUCAUAUUAUAUGUGUAUAAAAAAUUAGAACGAUGUUUAUAAUAAAAUGAAUUAGCCUUCAUUAGCGCAUCUCCAACCCUACUCUAUUUUUUCCUGUAAAUUAGAGUUUAGAGUAAAAAUACUCUAAUAUUACUCUAUUUUCUACUGCAUAAUAGUGUAAACCUAUUUUUUAUUCUAUAUAUAGAGUAAUUUUUUUAUUUUUUGUUCAUCACUCUAUUUUCACUCUAAAAUAGAGUACUAUUAGAGCAACAUCCAACUCUUUUAUAGAGUUACUCUAUUUUAGAGGAAAAAUAAAAUAAAUCAUUAGAGAUGAUCUUAAAAUCUGAAAUCCCGUAAAAUGGAGACUCUACACAUUGUGCUUUGACAUUUGCUGACGCCAGUUAGUAGAAGUUAGGUUCAAAAGUGCCAAUGAUAUAUUUCAUUGAUUAACAUCUAACCUUUUGUUUAUUUUGGUAUGGUGGCUUCAUGUGGCUCUCCUUAAUCGUAGAUAUAAUUAAAUGAUAAUUCUGUCGUGAUUUCUUAAUUUAUUACUAUUAAUUAUAACUUCUUAACAUCGUAUAUUUAUGGUUUAACACAACUGUUUGGAAUAACAUAAGCUGCAUUUUACAUUUUUAAUGAGUCUUUUAUUCCCAAUGGUUAAUUCUUAAAUGUUAAAAUACAUUAUAAAAUAUACUAUUCGAAAAUUUUAAUUAGUAGAUUACAUAUUUCUUGGCUCCCUUUUCUGGAAAAAAGUAUAUUAUUUGCUGAUAAUUCUAACACUGUAAUACACUAAUACAGAUUUCAGCAAGAAUUAUGUCAAAUAUUGUAUCUAUGCUUGUAUUUGUUUUUUUCAUGGUUUAUUCUCCUUAUUUAUCAUUAAUCAUGAUUACUUUAUUUUUAUAUAACUACAGUCUCACACUCUCACAUCCACAAACUAAUUUGGUGGUACACUGGUACGGUCACCACGGUGGCGGUGUUGUGUAACUGCGUUAAGUUUUUUGGACAUCACUGUGCAAACUAUUAGAUUAAAUAAAUAUGGUGAUUGAUAAACCCUAAAUGUUAAUUAUAUAUAACAAUUAUUUUAUGAAUACGGACGGAUAGAGACAGAUAGAGACGGAUAGGUGUUGUUGCACAGACUAUGUAUAACACCUUCAUUGUACAUAGUCUUAUGGCCGAUAGGAGAAAGCAGCAACUCGAGAUACUAGUAUUAGGAAACACUCUUCUUAUCCUCACCUUUCACCGUUUUAACAUUAAUUUAAUCCCGAUUCCCGCGAUUAUAUGAUCUAAUCAAUGUGUUAGCUAGCUAACCAAAAUUCUGAAACAUAUAUUCCCCAUUAAACUUUUAUUCGGUCGGGUAGAUACGUGUCCACAAUGGUAGGGGUUAGAAAAUGGCUUCCGUUAUCUUAUAAGAUAGGUUUAACUAGUUACUAUAGUAUUAGUUAAUUAGUUUCCGCAGGGAAAGCGCGAGUGGAUCGCUACCAUGAUCGCCUAAUAGAUAUAGUAGCCAAAAAUAUAGUUUUAUGUGAACAAUGAUUUUUAAUUCGAUCAAUAGAAUGAAACGAACAGCAUAUAAACAUAUGGUUAACUCAUUAUCUUACUAUCAUUGAGAUCAUGAAAGAAAAUAAACUGAAACAUGGACAUAAAUAUAAAUAUGUGGAAGUGUUUUAAAGUGGAGAUACCGGGUCAUCAUGUAUCAAAAUAUCAAAUUCUUUCAUACACACAUAUUCUUUAAGCACUACAAUGAUCAUAUAGUUGAAGCUUAGAAUAGGUGAAGCAUCGCACUUUAGUUUGUAGUGAAGUUAGCAUUUCCUUCUGCUUGCUAUAGGAAUUAUCCAAUGAAGCUAGCAUGCUCCACGAUGUCUACUUAAUAUGAUUUUAUGGCACUUAAAAAUUUAUAGUUUCUGCAAAUGAUCUACAGUUUUUUUAAUCUAUUUUUUCUCAUCAGUAACUUUUAUGAAAACUAUAUUCUCGUAUAUGUGUGAUAAUUGUGUUUGGAUAAAUUCACUUGUAAGUAUAAUCUACGAGGGAUAUCAUUACAUAUAUAAACUAUAAAUUAAUUUGUUGUCGUAUUAAAUUAAAUGUUGGACAUUUUAUAUAUAGAUAUAUGUCGUGCUACAAGAAUGUUCUUACUUGCCGGAAUCCAAUCCGCAUAAUGAGGAAUCUGAAAAAAAAUAUUUUCUUAAAAGACUUCUCAAGUCAAUGCAAGUGCACAAAACAUAAACCAGCUGAAAUAUAAUUCCCCAUCAUAUCUUUAAGAAAUAAUGACGUAUAUAUAAGUUGUUUCCACAAACAGUUUGAUUCGAUCUAUUAUCUUUGAUCCGAUAUCAUCUAUGAAAACCGUAUGCAGACAUAAACAUUUUACUCUUGUCUAUUCAUACAUGCAUUACUAAUUCAAAGACUACUAUAAUAAAUUAUUAUUUACAUUCCAAGAAAAUUAAACUGAUUAUCAAAUUAUUUAUGUAUGAUAAAGUUAUUCAUCAAAAUAUAUAUGCUCGUUAUUGUGCUACAUUUUUUAUUAUAAUCAAUAUUAUAAUCUAGUAAUUAUUUAUUUAGGGUAACAAAGAUUUUAACCAGUUUAACUUUUAACGUAAAAACCCGAAUGCGAAAAAUCACUAAUAAUUUAAUCUAAUAAAUAAUAUAAUUAUUUGUUAAAAGUAAUAAAGACUUUAAUCAGAUUAACUUUCAAGAUGAAAACUCGAAUGCAAAAAACAAAGAUUUUAACCAGUUUAACUUUUAAUGUGAAAAUUCGAAUGCAAAAAAUCACUAAUAAUUUAAUCUAAUAAAUAAUACAAUUAUUCAUUAAAGGUAAUAAAGACUUUAAACAGUUUAACUAUUUAACGCGAGAACUCGAAUGCACAACAUAAAUUCGCAAUUAGUAGUAUAGAUAUAGGAUGUAUGAUUUUUUGCUUUUCUGCCUGUAUAUAUUUUUUAACAUCUCUUCUGCCUGUAUAAAUUACGAAACGUAAUAGUAAGGAAUUUGUUUUUUACUCGAUAGGACCCACGUAUCAAUGAUUCGUUCUUAUUCUAACUCUCGAACAUUAUAUAAAACCCUCCCCACUCCCUCUUCUUACUUCAAACUCAUCCAUCUUCAUCUCUUACUCUUAUAUACCAAACUAAGACCAUGAUUCCGGCGGAAAUCACCGGUUACUUCCAAUACCUAUCGCCGGAAGACCUAACUAUGAUCCCGGCGGAGUUCAACGUAAUAAACAUGCCCUCAUCUCCAACCUCUUCCUCUUCACUGAACUACCUAAACGAUCUCAUCAACAACAACAACUAUUCCUCAUCAUCCAACGGCCAAGAUCUCAUGUUGAGCAACAACUCAACUUCCGACGAAGAUUAUCAUCAUAAUCAUCGUCAGAGCAUCAUCAUACUCGACGAGAGGAAGCAGAGGAGGAUGCUUUCAAACAGAGAAUCCGCGAGGAGGUCAAGGAUGAGGAAACAAAGACAUCUCGAUGAACUCUGGUCUCAGGUGAUAAGGCUUCGCAACGAUAACAACUGUCUUAUCGAUAAGCUGAACAGCGUAUUGGAGACUCAAGAUAACGUAUUGAAGGAGAACUCUAAACUCAAAGAAGAAGCUUCUGAUCUCCGACGGCUUGUCUGUGACCUAAAAUCUAACAAAUACAACAGUUUUUAAGAGAGCUCGAAGAAGUUUAGUGUUUCUUCAAGUUGAAUCGGAGGGGCAGAGAUUUUGAGUUAUGGUUGGUUCUCGAAUAUAAAGUUGGUAACGAUCAUGUACCAUAUUGUAUUAUACUCUGAAUUUAAAAAACGUAAUACAGUUCUGGAGCAUAUUCUUGUUCUCUACUCUCUACUUUUUUGUAUAUAUAUAUAUCAAAUUCAAUACACAAACCAUAGCAUAUACAUACCGCUAGUAUAUUACUUUAGUAUAUAUCUGAUUGGUAUUCUGCACUUCCGAUUUUAAAUGAUUCAAUCCUCAAUUCCAUUAUUAUUUUUAUUUUCUACUUACCAUGAUUUAAUUAAAGUUUGUAAUAACAAAAUAUCAGAAGAUAAAUGAUGUUAUGUGAUUUUUGGGUUAAUUUAUUUCGCCUCAUGUCUUCAAUAUAUUGUCAUUUUCCCACUAAAAUAUGUUCUGUCACCACGUAACAGAAUCAGAAUCAAAUAUAUGUUAAUGAAACUUUAAAAACCUAUUUAAACUCAUCCACAUUCCCCAUAAAACAAUGUUUGAAGUAUAUAUUCUGAAACUUAUACUUUGAACCAGUAAGAGAUUUCUAGAAAUAAAUAAUGAAAGGCAAAAUAGUUAUCGGAAUUCGGAACUUAUAAUGUAAUUGUCUACAAUAAUUGCCGACAUAUCAUAAUAUGCAUGUGUGACUUGCAGAAAAAAAAUAGAUAAAAUGUAGAUCAGUUAUGACGCACUCUAUUAACAAUUUUCAGAGUUUGCUCGCCGCAUAAAUACACUUGCAGUGAACAUCAUUAAAAAUAUUUAUGACAAACAAGAACAAAAACAAAAGAUUGCGAAUAAUGGUGGCCACUUUUCUUUUUUAGGCAACUUGAUCAAGUUCUUAAUCAUGAGACUUUUUUUUAUUUUCUUGUAGCCAUUAUUAAAAAAUAUUUCAACCUUAAAGCAUAAUAGCAUAUCCCCCUCCCCCCCCCCCCCCCCCCCAGCGUGACAACCAAGAAUGAUUUCUUGACAAACCACCAAGAAUGAUUUCUUGCAUUUCACCUUGCGCCAUUCUUGAAUUUUACCUGGCGCAUUACUAUUAUGCAAUUUUUUUUUUUUGAACAACUACUAUUAUGCAAAUUUUGAGCAAUAAAUCGAUGUAUUAUUUAUUCUAAUUACUUUUGACCUACCUUUUUGUCGGUUUUUAACUUUUGGCCUACUUGAACAUACAUAUCGAUAGUAAUAGUCUUUUCUUAUGAACUGCAUCUAUUUUCAACCACAAGCUUCACAUUAUAUCUAUUGUCAGUAAUGCUAGUACCGACCAAUCUUAACCACAUAAAAAUAUAUCAUCCCCGGAAUCAAAGGUUAGGAUUGGUAAAGUUAUCUACAGAAAAUGAUUGAAUAAAACUAUUAGAGUAGUAUUUACGAAUCGGUUUUGAACCUAAGCACAGUAGACACCAUAGUCCUUCUAUUCACAACGCUUGCCAAUAUGAAAAUGCUUCCAAUGAAUUUUUUUUUGCUAUGAAAAAAAAAACAGAAUUGUAGAACAAUAUUAUGUCUCUAUCCCAAAGACUUUUUCAUUGGUUACAUCAAGUUGUAAUCCAUCACGCGCCCAAUAUAUGUUUUCUUGUCGUGCAUUUGUCCAAUAUCAGAAUUAUUCAAUUAGAUAUUUUUUUUUUGGGUGUAAAUGUUAAAUAUUCAAUUAGAUAUUGGUAAUUGCUUGAAGAAAGAUAUCGGUAAUUGCUGAAUAUAAUUAUUGAAUGACUAUAUAUACAGUAGAUGAGUGUAUCAAAACAUCCCUCUUAGACAUUAUUUUGAAAAAUGAUUUACUCAUGUGUCUUCCUUACAACUAUUCUAAGGGGGGAUUACUAGAAAAUGAAUUUGUAUAGAGUUUGUGAACUUUAAGAGUUGAUAGAUUUUAAGAUUGUGAAAAUUUAUAUACACUGACUUAUGAAAUUUGAUCAUAACUUUUUUAGAUUGACAUAGAUUUUCAUGAAUUUGUAUUACCUCUUUUCUGUAAUUAUUUUUGUAAAGUAAAUAUAUAAUUUAUUUAUUUUCUAAAUCAUAUAUAGCAUGCUUAUUUAUUUUUUUCUUUCAAAUUAAUAAUAAUGAUAUAUACAAAAUUGGGCAAUUCUCUUAAAUAGUUUCUUUUAAGCUUUUGUUACAAAAAGAACAUUUAAAGAGGAAAAUGACCAAAAUAAAAAGGUAAAAAACUAUUUUACCCAUUCCUUUAAAAUAAUAAAAAAUAAAAAAAAUAAAAUAUUUUUUUUUAAUUUUGAAUUAUAUGUCUUUAAAUUCAAACUUCUUAUAAAUUUUAAAUAAUUUAUUCUAUUUUUACAAAAAAAAUCUUUUUAAAUUCAAAAAAUGCUUUUUGAAACUAUUUAAAAAAAAAGUUUUUUUAAUAUAUAGAAAUAAAAUUAUAUAUUGAAAAAUGAUAAAAUAGUAUAAAAGUAUAUAUUCAAAAAGUAAAUGUAUAUAAAUGUAAUAAAUUAUA